AAACACACGUGCCCUCCCAAAAUACACGUGCAAGGUCUGAUUCGCUCCAAAUUAGGGUUUUGGGAAGUGAGGUAUAUUACUUGAGCUAAUUUCUUAAAGUUUCAACCCUCCGCCUUCUUCUUCUUCGAAGCAGGAAAAACCCUAAUUUACAGGAAUGGCGAGGAUUAAGGUUCACGAACUUAGGAACAAGAAUAAGGCCGAUUUGCAGAGCCAGUUGAAAGAUCUGAAAGCUGAGCUCGCUCUUCUCCGGGUUGCUAAGGUCACUGGCGGUGCCCCUAACAAGCUCUCCAAGAUAAAGGUGGUGAGGCUUUCGAUAGCACAGGUUUUGACUGUGAUUUCGCAGAAGCAAAAGUCAGCUUUAAGAGAAGCAUACAAGAAUAAGAGGUUUUUGCCGCUCGAUCUGCGUACAAAGAAGACCAGGGCUAUCAGGAGGCGUCUCACCAAGCACCAGGUAUCAUUGAAGACAGAAAGAGAGAAGAAGAGAGAAAUCUACUUUCCUAUGAGGAAGUACGCUAUUAAGGUGUAAUGUUGGAUCUCCUUGGGAAUUGAUUAACAUGUUAUCAUCCAUUCCUAGGAUAUACUUUUAAAAUGUUUUUAGCUGCUUUUCAAAUUUAAUCAUCGGAGACAGUAUCCCAAUUGAGUUUUGGUUUAUCCUUUGUUCGGUCAUAUCCCUGUACUACUACUUUAAUUAUUGGUUUUGGUCUCGAUAA